AUGGAUGCCUUCUUCACUGCGCUGUUUAACUUCUGCUUCCCGACCAACUACGUCUCGAAGCAGCAAAAGCAUCUAAGAAACCUUUAUCAGAAUGAGAAGACUGUUAAAGAAUAUGUAUCUGAACUCAUUGAACUAUUCUCAAUUAUUGGGCAGACCUUGGAACGAGACCGAGUGAACAAGCUCUGGUUUGGUCUUCGUGCGUCGAUCCAACAGGAUUUGUGGCGGGAUCGCCGUAACCCAGAAACCUCCUCAUGGGACGAGGUCGUUUCGGCGGCGGAGGUGAUUGAGAUUGCCCAGUCGGUGGUGGUCCACCGCCACGGAUCUACACGCGAUCAGCGAGACAAUCAGUCCAAAUGGAACAGUGAGGCUUCAACCUCAAAAUCUGGUGGAAGCAAACCCAAGCCAGCUCGGGGAGAACCUCCUGCUGGCAACAGUCGACCCAACCACAGUCAGCCCUCACGGCCCAGGCCACCUGGUCGAUUCGGAAAUAAGAAACCCUCUGCUGAGAAGCCCAAGCUCUCUGAACCGGAGAUAGCUAAGCUUAAGGCGGAAGGACGAUGCUUCCGAUGCCAAGAAACAGGACAUGUAUCACGUCAAUGCCCUCAGGCGCAUAACGUACGAGGAGCACAGUCCUCGCAUGGCCCGCCAGGAAUCCCAGUCCAUGGUAUGGCAUUCAUCGAAGAGACCGAAGAACUCCACAAAGCUGUGGAUAUUGACGAUAACUUGGAGGUACUCCAUGUGGGAUGUAUGGGUCUGGUCGAAGAUCCUGACAAUCAGGGUGCAUCGACUAGCCCAGCUGAAGCUGGCCUAAUCAGCUUUUACACGACUGCGUGCGAAAAUGCACUCAACCUAGACCACACCUUUCACCUCCCUGGGGACUGGACUUUUCCCCCGUUGGGAUCUUUCUGGGACGAAAACCGUUUCUCAAUCAUGCAGAUCUCUGAUGACGAAGUCGUAAUUGAGGAUCGCCUCCAGACGGAACACUAUGAGUACUUGCCUAUUGAGCAACUCAAGAACCCCCGAUUUCGUAUCCUUCACUGGCUGGCGGUUUGA